UGGGGGAAACACACAGCUUGUCAAUACAAUGGGAUGGUGGAUAUGUAAAAUUUGAUUUAGUUUUAUUCAGUUGCUUGACUAGCUAGUUCGCUAAAUAUGAAUAUCGACGUACAGUCACACCAACAGUCUGAGGCAAGUUUGGAAGAAUCAAGGACUCGUCUGUGCGAUGAGUUUGCUUCGAUCACUAGUACUGACAACGCACUGGCUCAGUGCUACCUUGCCGAAAAUGACUGGGAUAUGGAAAGGGCUCUGAACUCGUUUUUCGAGGCUGACGUGAAGGCGGUUGCCGAUGAAUUCGAAGAUUUACCAGAAAACGACGACAGUUCUAAAAAGAGCAAAAAGUCGGUGACUGAAACCGUAGACUGUAUUGAUUUGACGGAUGAUGAACCUGCUAGCUGUAGCAGCACAGCUACUGAGGGGAGCGGGGAAGGCACUAAGGCAAAAACGGAGCAGGAGGACGAAGGAAAGCUGUCCCUGCUCACCUGGAACGUGGACGGCCUGGACCUGGGGAAUCUGCAGGAGCGCGCUCGGGGACUGUGCUCGUACUUAGUCCUGUACACGCCUGAUGUGGUGUUUUUGCAAGAGCUUAUUCCGCCCUACAUUCAAUAUCUGAGGAAACGAGCAGUGAGUUACACCAUCAUUGAGGGAAACGAGGAUGGUUACUUCACUGGCAUCAUGUUGAAGAAAUCUCGAGUCAAACUCUUGAAGAGCGAGAUCGUGGAAUACCCCACAACACAGAUGUUGAGAAACCUGCUCAUAGCUCAGGUGAGCUUCUCCGGCCAGGAGCUGUGCCUGAUGACAUCACACCUGGAGAGCUGUAAAGAACAGUCCCAGGAGAGGAUGACCCAGCUGAAGAUGGUGCUGAAGAGGAUUAGAGAGGCACCUGACAACAUCACAGUGUUGUUUGGGGGGGACACCAACCUGAGGGACACUGAGGUCACCAAGGUGGGGGGUCUGCCGGCGGGCGUGUGCGACGUGUGGGAGCACCUGGGCCGGCAGGAGCACUGCAGGUACACCUGGGACACCAAGGCCAACAGCAACAAGGGCGUCCCGUACGUCAGCAGGUGCCGCUUCGACCGCGUCUACCUGCGGCCCCCCAAGGCGGGGGCCCAGGUGGCCCCCGAGCACAUGAGCCUGGUGGGCCUCGAAAAGCUGGACUGCGGCCGCUACACCAGCGACCACUGGGGCAUUUACUGUAGCUUCACCAUGGGCUCCUGAGCCCGUAGGGAACUGGCUUUGUAAGCAGAAGGUUGCAGGAUCAUAUCCCUGGAGAGUCUACUGCUGUAUUUCUGUGAAAGGCACUUAACCUAAAUUGCCUCGUUAAUUAACUGUGAAAAUCUGUGCAAGAGAGUCUGCUAGGCAUACAAAUAUGAUAAGAGCAGUGGGCCAGGCCCAGGUUUUGGGAUCUCUUCAGACUCUGAAAAAUGAAGGCUUGAACCUGAAUCAGAAUGAGUAUUAGACUUUAUGCAAAAUUUUAGCACAGGCAAAUACACUUCACAGCCCUUUACAGUAGAAAUAUGCUGCUACAGGGUGAAGUAUUGGUAAAAUGGGGCAAACUGCAGUCUGUUCUUAACUGUUGUAAUGACUGGAAGGUCCCUCCAGUGCUUCUCCAUAGUUGUUAAACGGUCUAAAGGUUCAACAUCUUUACAGAUGGUGGAAUUGCAGUGUUCUUGUCAUUUCAGCACCACUCAGGUGGUCUCGCCAUGUGGUUCCCAUGGUAGCUGCUCAACCUCCGUCAGAGGCUUGGAUUAUUUUGUGAGAUUUUCUUUGAUAUUCCUUUGCCACUUGUGCCACCCAUCUGCCAAUACAAGGUUACCCGUUUGGUUGAGAUUUUUAGAAUGAAACACCGAUUACAUAUAUAAAAUCUUUCACUAACAUU